AUGUUUCAGCCUUGGACCUCAGUACCUUUGCGCAAGCUUCUGCUAUGUAGCAGUGGCACGUUUCGCUUCCGGCAUCUCGCGCCUGCAACUCAGUUCUCGUAUCCUAGUCUCCUUCCAUUCAUCUUCCAUCUCCUCAGGUAUGCCAUCAACGACGCGAACAUCAAGACAGCAAACACAGUCCCUACGGCGGCUGUAAUGUAUAAUGCUAUUUCCGAAUUGGACGUUUCUGGUGUUUCUGGUACAUCGGGAUCACUGGAGCAAAAUGUACUGGAUUUCGUCGUUGAUGUGCGCUGUUCUGUGUUUGGAAGACGCCAAGGUGGUGGCAUCGGCGCAAUAACGGUGAUGAGGACAGUAUCCGUAAUAGUAACAAUGCCUGCCAUUCUCCCGCGCUUUACGAAAGAGAAGAGAUGUGAGAAGAGAUGCAAGGUAGUUUCCAAGGACGCCGUUCGUACACUUACAACGUGGAGCUACCAAACGGAAACCAUGAAGCUUAUCAUCGCUCACAACACACUCUUAUGGAUGUUAAGCAUGUUACUACACAGAGCUGAACCAUGGAUGUUUCUUCGAAGCCCUCGCGGUGCGGAUACGGUUGAGCAAGCCAGACUGCGAAGUCGAAGCCAUUUCCUCAUCCUCUUUCACAUCCGGCAGGCUUGUCGACUCGUUGGCACCGCGUUGUUGGCCGGCGAACGAGCGUGAUUCGUUUGAUCCGAACUGAGUUCGGACACAGGACGUAGUGCACCAUGCUCCGAAGCUGAUCGUACUGAAUCCUUCUCAGACAUCGGAUUGCUUCCUUGACUACCCACUGCAGCCAGAUCGUCGCCUGCUAGCUCAUGCGUAUUCUCGCGACUGUAGUGUUGGUAAUAGUCCUUCUUUUCGUUGGACUUGUCGGAAUGCGCUGGAGGUAUCACGGGCGCAUCGCUUUUUUGAGCUGCUUAUCUUCUCCCACGAAUGACAAGCCAUACUAUCAAGGCAAUAACAAUGCUACCAGCCACUGAAACUCCUGCACCACGCCCGCCUGUCGCUGUUUGUAUCCGCACUUCCAGCAGAGGUUUGAGACAAGCCUGGCAGUUCCAUCGAAGGCUGUAUUGUAGCGAGCAUCGAGCAUGUGUGAGAAAAACCGGACUAGACGGAUCUACUG